AUGGCUCGCAGUUAUGCCGAGAGAGCAAAUACUCAUCAAUCACCUGUGGCACGACGACUGUUUGCGCUUAUGGAACAGAAACAGAGUAACCUAUGCGCAUCAGUCGACGUGAGAACAACUAAAGAAUUAUUGGAGCUUCUAGAUAAAUUGGGCCCAUUUAUCUGUUUGGCCAAGACUCAUAUCGACAUAAUUGAUGACUUCACGUAUGAUGGAACUAUUCUGCCUUUAUUGGAACUAUCAAAGAAACACAAGUUUUUAAUUUUUGAGGACAGAAAGUUUGCUGAUAUAGGCAACACUGUCAAGCAUCAAUAUCAAGGAGGUGUCUACAAGAUUGCACAAUGGGCAGAUAUUACAAAUGCUCAUGGUGUCAUUGGUAGUGGAAUUGUAAAGGGUCUAAAGGAGGCAGCCACUGAGACAACAGAUCAACCAAGGGGACUAUUGAUGUUGGCUGAACUGUCGUCAAAGGGAUCAAUUGCCCAUGGUAAGUACACCGAAGAAACUGUAGAAAUUGCAAAAUCAGACAAGGAAUUCGUCAUUGGGUUUAUUGCUCAAAAUUCUAUGGGAGGACAAGAUGAAGGGUUCGAUUGGAUUAUUAUGACACCAGGUGUUGGUUUGGAUGACACUGGUGAUGCUCUAGGCCAACAAUAUCGAACAGUGAGUCAAGUAUUUUCCACUGGCACUGACAUCAUAAUCGUAGGUCGUGGUUUGUUUGGCAAGGGCAGAGAUCCCUUAAAAGAAGGUGAACGGUAUAGAAAAGCUGGGUGGGAAGCUUACCAAAAUAUUCUGAGGUAA